GUGAGAGAGAGUGUGAGGGAGAGACGGGCUGCUACAAUACAGCUAGUCGUAGUUAGCAGCGGUAUACACACACACACACACACACACACACCGUGCCUGCAUGCAGGCUGACGCAGACGCUUAACGGCCACCGGUUACCCUUUUACAGACACUCACAGUGGAGCACCAGACAUGGACCUAUUCGAGUUUGACUUCUUCAGGGACUGGGAGCUGGAGCAGCAAUGUCAUUACGAACAGGACCGAUCAGCGCUGAAGAAGAAGGAGUGGGAGCGACGCACACAGGAAGUGCAGCAGGAUGAAGAUUUGUUCUCGACCGGCUUUAAUCUGUUUGGGGAGCCGUACAAGACAAACAAAGGCGACGCCCUGGCCAACCGCGUCCAGAACACGUUGGGCAACUAUGACGAGAUGAAGGAGCUCUUGACCAGCCAUUCCAACCAGAGCCACCUCGUGGGCAUCCCUAAGAACUCGGUGCCACAAACCCCGGUGGAGAAGACGGACCAACCCAGCUUCUUCUCUGAAGCCCAGCGAGGUAGGGCCCCAUCCCAGCCUGGGAGUCAUACCACCUCCAUGCCCCCUCCGCCCACCACUACCACCCUUGCUGGCCCCAACAUCCUCCACGGGCACCAGGGUGGCAAAAAGUCCCGUGCAUCAGACUGGUCCAGAGGGUCUCACGCUUCCCAGACAGGUCAGGCAGCCAGUCGAGGGGCCAAGCACUCAGCCCAUGAGCAGGAGCAAGGUGACUCCAGCCCCAGCACAGCCUCCACCUCGUCCCAUUCCAGCAGGAGACACGGGCAGACGGCCAAAGUGCCAGCACCCACCGAGCUAGGGCACAGCAAGUCCCCCACUGAGCAGGAUCUGAGCAUCCACGCCUCUGGCUCGCCCGUGGCCUCCACCUCGCUGCUCCCCGGCGGCCUCUCCACUCCCACCUUCCCCCAGGGCCUGCAUUGCAAGCCCAGCAGUGCAGUACAGCAAAAGCCCACAGCCUACGUACGGCCCAUGGAUGGCCAGGACCAGGUCCCCAACGACUCUCCUGAGCUCAAGCCCCCUCUGGAGAUGGGUGAUGGCUACAGCGGAGCAUCCUUCGGAGGCCUGCUAGACGGCAAAGGCAACACAACGGGGAGCAAGGGCAAACUUCCCAAGCUGACGCUGCCUCAGUCAGGGGAGGUCAGUCUGCCCAAUGACUCCAGCUGUGUGGAAGAGAUUCUACGGGAAAUGACCCAUUCCUGGCCUCCUCCUCUCACUGCCAUACACACACCAGGCAAAGCAGAACAAACCAAGUUUCCCAUCCCCUCCAAGGACCCUCAGCACGUAACAGCAGGAUACAAUGGACAAAAGCGCUGUAAUGUUCCUGGUAACAAGCCCGCGACCAAGUCGGUGCCACAGAAGUCAAUGCUGGAGGAUGACCUGAAGAUCAGCAGUGAUGAAGAUGACAGUGAGCAGGCUGCAGAGAAACCCAAGGCCAGGAGUGCACCUCCAAACCUCCCAGGUCCCACACCACGGAGCAGUGAUCCAGCUGGCCACUCCAGUGGAGCUUCAGGGAGCUCCAGUGAGUCAGAGAGCAGCUCAGAGUCAGACUCCGACAGUGAGAGCAGCUCCAGUGACAGCGAGUGCAACAGAGAGUCACGUACCGCCACACCAGAGCCUGAACCCCCAUCAACGAACAAGUGGCAGUUGGAUAAGUGGCUGAACAAAGUAAACCCCCACAAUAAAGCCCUUCCCAGCGUUCAGACAGAGAACCAUGGACUCAGCAGCUCUCAACCUGAGGAUAGCCAAGCUUCAGAGAACCAGAGUUGCAUUAAGAGCAAGCCCAGCACGGCUUUGGCACAAGCAGACCCCAAGGACCGGGGCUUGCUCAGUCCUGUCCGAGAAAAGGCCAAACCUAAGACAGGCCAGAAGGCUCCGGAUGGCAAGGGUACCAAAGUGAAGGCCCCUGUUACAGUGGACCUCGGCCCUUCUAGGAGAAGCACAGGCAAGAAGCAGCCCAAGAAAGUGGAACGAUCCUCCAGCAGCGAGGAGCACAACUGGCCCAGGCCUGGCAACUCUGGCACUACGCCAAAGGAGAAAGAACCUCCACCUUUAGAACCAGCCAAGCCAAGAGGCAAAGCCCCAGGGGGCAAAACUGCCCCCAGAAAGGAACCCCGAACCACUGCAGCAAGCACUGCUGCCCCCACUCCCACUACUACGGUCACAGUUCCUGACAAGAAGAAGCACAGAGGGCCUAGUAAGAUCGUUCCUAAGUCUAAGGAAUUUAUCGAAACGGAGUCCUCCUCAUCGGAGUGCCACUCUGACCCUGAGGAACUUUCAAAGGUGCUCCCUUGCCCAGGUCCUAGCAGCCUGAACCUCAAAUCCAAGGACUGCAACAGCAAUAUCCUGAGCGUCAGCAGUCUCGCAAGCACCAGCAGCACCUCAAUACCAGACCCAGGCGCCACAGACUUGCUGGAGGAACCCCUGUUCUCACCCAUUCCCAUUGUACAGAACGAGCUUCUCUCACCACUGCGGGACUUUGAGGAUAUCAAGUCUCUGUGGGUCAAGAUCGAGCUCAGUCUCCUGUCACGGAUCCCUGGACAGGACCCACCUGAGCCUCCUCCUACCAAAGCCGAGUGCCGGGAGCCCAGCAUCAAGCACAGGCGACAACAGUCGCCCGCCUCCAUCCCUCCUGAGAAACCCACCAGCAAAUCGAAGAGGAAACACAAGUCAGAGCAUUGCGAAGUGUUGAGUGGAAGCAAGAAGUUAAGACUGGAGAAAGAGGCCCUGCUACUCCCACCCUGUAUCUCUCCUAUCCACAACCACAAGGUCUCCUGCACAAAAGACUCAUCGAAGAAACAGCCGAGGAAGCUGUUGCCGCCGUUGCUGUCGCCGUUGUCGGAUGAACCGGUGGGCCGCCAGCGGAGAAGCAGCGAGAGCAGUUCUCUCAGCAUGGAGAGCAGCACGGCCGUCCCCACCACGUUACCCUCCACCCACUCCCUGCCCCCUUCCUCCUCUUCAUCCUCGUCAUCCUCAUCACACAAGCACCGCAAAGGAGAGAGCAAGUCUCACUCCAAGACCAGCAGUGAGGAAGACAGCCACGCAAAGGCCUCCAGUGGUUUCCACGGCAACGGUCAGUCAGAAUCUGACGUGUGGCCGAACCCCUCAGCUCUGUCAAUGGAGAAUGUGGAGCCCAGGAGACCCAAACUCACAUUCAACAACACUGUUCACAAUGCAGACUACUAUAUGCAGGAAGCCAAGAAACUGAAGCACAAAGCUGAUGCGCUGAUGGAGAAGUUUGGUAAAGCCGUAAAUUACGCAGACGGCGCACUUUCUUUCAUCGAGUGCGGCAACGCCAUGGAGAGAGACCCGUUAGAGGCCAAGUCACCGUAUACCAUGUACUCUGAAACCGUGGAGCUCAUUAGGUAUGCGAUGAGAUUAAAGAACUUCACAAGCCAUUCAGCUACGCUAGCAGAGAAGAAAUUAGCGGUGUUGUGCAAUCGUUGUUUAUCCCUGCUAUACUUAAGGAUGUUCAAGCUGAAGAAGGAUCACGCCAUGAAAUAUUCGCGCUCCUUAAUGGAGUACUUCAAGAACUCGGCAAAAAGUUCCCAAGCACCUUCACCAUGGGGAGCCAAUGGAAAAAGUACCGGCACACCCUCUCCCAUGUCCCUGAGUCCCUCUCCCAUCAGCUCUGUCAGCAGUAGCACCGGAGCCAUGGGCUCUUCCUCCUCCUCUUCAUCCUCGUCAGGCAGUGUGGCCAUCCCCCAGCGCAUCCACCACAUGGCCGCCAGCCACGUCAACAUCACCAACAACAUCCUGCGCAGCUACGAGCACUGGGACACAGCCGAGAAGCUGGCCCAUGAAAGCCAAGAGUUCUUUCAGGAGCUGGACUCAGUGAUGGAACCACUGACACAACACAGCAGCAUGACGGAACUGGUGCGCUACAUCCGCCAAGGACUGCACUGGCUCCGGAUCGAGGCCCAUUUGUUAUAGUGUUGGCGCUUUCACUGUGCUCUCUCACUUUCUCUCUCUCGCUCUCUCACUCUCUCUCUCUCUCUCUCUCUCUAGCUCACUUUCUCACUCUCUUCCUCUCCAUCUUGUCUUUCCUUCCAUCACUCACUCCUUCCACCGGUAUUGCCACCAGCACUGCCAUCUCCGAGCCACCGGGACCCUGACAGAGGUUCAGACAUUCGUCCUGCAAAACUGUGGUUGUCCCAGCGGCCCAUGAUCAUCAGCUUUUACAGAAUAGGGAAUGGUAGCACAUGUGGAACGUAAGGUGCUGUCGUUUUGGGGAAUACUAGAGUAGGCACUAUAAGAGCAGACUUGGGCAUAUGCACUCUUAAAAAUGAAGGUGCCAGAAACCUUUUUGGAUGAAUAGUUCUUUAACCGACAGUACCGACAGUACAUGACUGAGGUAUCCUUGAGCAAGGCACCUAACCCCCAACCGCUCCCCGGAUGCUGCGGAUAGGGCUGCCCACCGCUCCGGGCAAGUGUGCUCACUGCCCCCUAGUGUUUGUGUGUGCUGCUCACUAGUGUGUAUGUGGCAUCUCACUUCACAGAUGGGUUAAAAGCGGAAGUGAAAUUUCCCCGUUGUGGGACUAAUGAGGGUCUCUUAAUCUAAAUCUUAAAAUUUAGUUUAAUCUGCUCUUGUCCAGGAUUUUUCCGUUCUGCUUUUGCAUUUAUUUCCAUUUUUGAAGAGCAUAAUCUAACAAAAGAAAUUUCAGAAAAUUCAGAAAUUUUGUGUCACAAGCCACUUUUUGAAUAGCAUGACACCUAGUGUUGCUCUGAUUAGCAACUCACAAGUGAGUGUGUUUACAUGCACUCGAUAAUCCACUAAUUCAGAUUUCUGCAGUUAUCCAAUUAUUCAAAUGAUCAUGUAAACACCAUACUCCAAUUUAGAAACCUGAUCUAGAAAUCCAGUCAAGAAAUCCGAUAAAGAGAGCUGCAUUUUAGCUCAGUAAUCAGAUUUUUCAGUGCUUGUGAACUCUGAUUUCUCUCAGAUUUCUCAGUCUGAAACAGAUGGCAGUGCCAGAAGCAGCAUUGCCAUAUUGAUGUAAUGAGGGAUUUAAUUAUUCUAUGUUUUCUAGAUGAUGUUUGUUCAUAUUUCUAGGUAAAAUGGCGUGAUGUUUUUAAAAAGCUGCAGCAUUAAGUUCGAGUUUUACAUUUACAUCACGUCUUCUGUCGGUUUAUUGCCUGGGUUGCAGUCUGAUUAUUGCCAUCAUCUGAUUACUCAAGUGCAUGUAAACGCAUUGAUCAGAUUACUGUCAAAAUGUAAUUUUCAGCAGUUAUUGGAUUAUUAAGUGUAUGUAAACGCAUUCAAUAAUAAGUGCUUACCAAUCUGAAUUUGACUCAACAUCCAACAGUACAAGACGCUUCAUGGGUCUCUGGUUGUACACACUGAACUUUAUUGAGUGAUGCUGUUUUACAUAUAUAUGUAUAUGUAUAUGUAAAACUUAAAGUUAUUCUUUAUUAAAUGAUGCUAUGUUUCCCAACAGGGACAUGUGACACAACUCUUCUGGCAGCAGAAUGAAAACAGCAACUUUUUUGUAAAAUCAGGUUCAUGGGGUCAAAAAAUACAAUUGAGCCCAUUGAGUUGAAAGGUUCUUUAGGGAAAUCUAUGGAAUUGCUCUAAAGAACCCCUUUUUGGCACCUUUGUUUUUAUGAGUAUAUUGAGAUGAGGUGUUAAAGCAGCAUUAGUGGAAUCCUGGCUGUGGAUAACAAAAAUCAGCAAUGUUAAAAUAGAUCAUGCAUCUUCCCACAGCCAUUACAGCAACAUGGGUUUUGCUGCAGUACUACAAUAGGUUAGAUGAUUAGUUUGGGUUGAGAUGGGUCAAGAGAAGCUCUUUUUAAAAACCAGACAAAGUCUGAUUUCUUCUUUUUUUAUGUACAGUGCAGAUUGUUUGCUAUAAGCAACAACCAUCUCAUUCUGGAGAAGGUUUACACAGGUGCCCAGCAUGUAAUCCUUCUCCAUGUCAGUAUUGUUUCUUUGUAUUGCAUCUCUUGAUGGCUUCAUAAUAUCUGUCUUGAGGGAUUGGUGGUCAAAGGCGUAGCAAAAAAACACCAGUCAGAUGAGAUCCAUCCCUCAAAUAGCCCUGCUCCUGCACUCUACAGUGCCAUAAUAACUAUCGAUAUGUAACACUCACGUUGGCUUUCUUCCAAAGCUGAAUUCCUUAUGGGGACCACAUGUCUUAAAUUUGCCACAAACUGUUUUGACGGAAGACUCCCUGUGCAAUUGACCGAUUACAUAUGCACAUUUGACAGAGCAUUGUCUCCGUGGCUCGAUGGCUCUUUUGAUCUUUCCAAUAUGUACCAUACUGACUGUGUUCUAUAUGGCAACUCUUUUACUAUUUGAUGUUUGUUCAACUCUUGCAUGUUCACGGAGAGUGUUCUAGAUAGUUUCCGAGGAAGUCCGUCAUCAGUCAUGAUUAUCCAAGUUUUAUGAAGUGUUCUGUGCUGUGUUUUUCUCUUUUGUUUUGCUUUAUCUGGGAAAAGAGGGGGUGGGGGAUUUCAGCAUCUUUGUUGGUGCGCAAACACACAACAUUAAGUUGUUAUCUAUAAAGAGUUUAGCACCAGCUGUAUGUCAGUUACUCCCACAAGCGCUCCUGAACAAACUGAUUCGACCUGUAGAGGAUAUCAUGUAGCCUGAUGACAUUCUGAAUGAACAUCUUUCAGUCAUUUAGCAGUUUGUGAACUCUUUAUCGAUGGUACCUUAAUGUUGGUUAUCAAUAGUACACUGUUAUGUCCACUGUCAGUGAGAUUCGCGCCACUUCUCCAUUGCUGUUCUGUUUCGUUCCGUCAGCGUAGGUGCAUGAGAACGUCUCGGUGGAGGAUUGCGUGGCAGAUUCUCAGUGGCGAGUGUCGUUUCCAUUGAUUACACCGCACAGCUCGUAGGUUUCAGUUCUGUACCAUCUUCGAGAGCCUGAAUGUGAGUGAGAGAGAGAGUAUAUGUGUGUGAAAUGUGAAUUUCACCAAGAUUAUACAAAAGUGCCUGCGUAUGCAAUGAGAAUUUAUUAGAGUCUAUAUUUAAGAACAAGAAUGAAUCUAAGUGAUUUUUCCAUACCAUAUUGGUAUAUUCGAUUUUUUUUUGUUCUUUUCGUACAACCACGAUUAUUUAUUUGUGUACUUUAUACUGGCAACAGUGAUACCUGUUUUGGCUUUAACGUUUCAGAUGUAUAAUAAGGACAUUUCGAAUUCCUUUUCUGCUCUGAUGACGAUAGAAAAUGACUCGUACGUAACUAAAUUAGAGGCAGUCGAGUCUGCCAGUUUCUGAAUGGAAAUGUACUCAGAUGUGGUGGAUAGUCGCCUAACCAGAAGAUAAAGCUGCAUCAGGAAAUAAUAGUUGAAUCGCAAGACAGCCAUAAAUUCUGAAUAUGUAGUUCAAUAUUUCUUAAACAAGCUUCUCUAGAAUCUCUAGAAUCUACACAGGAAGAUUACUAGUGUUCAGUCAGCACCUAUGUACAUUUAAGGUGAGUGUAAAUAGACGUUGUACAGUCGAGAGCCGUUUAACGGUGAAGGUGUUCAUUUAACCCGGUGAAUUUACUGUGUAUCUUUAUGCAGUGCUCUACGUCGCUGACAUUCAAACAGUACGCUGAUCGAUCAAUACAUUCUUAUCAUAGUGCAAUAGCUGUUGGACACAGUAAUCCGCAAAGUGCGAAUAGCAAUAUGGAUAUAGUUGAUUAGUCAUUCUUGUAAUCUCAGAUAGUCAAUAAAGCUACUUUUGCAGGUAUAUUUAUCAAUAUUUUUUUCUCGUCAACAGAAGCACUCAAACACUCCCAUAUUUCCCGGUCGUCAAGGCGAGCCUUGCACGUUUUCCAUAUGCAAAUAAUCAAAUUCCCUUCUUCAGUCCAAAGUUACCAACUGUCGCCUCGUUUGUUGGGUGGUGGGUUUGUAAAAAUGUAAGUGGCUCGUGCCGCAGCUGUUUCUGCACUUGUUUGUGUCAUGCCAGUCUGUCAAAGAAAUCUGGGCCCCUCUGGCAGCUAAUCAACAACAAGCAGCGCUGGCUUCUUCCAGCAGUGGCAUCAUCAGCCUGCUGCGCACAGACCUGCUCCAGCUUUACCACACACUUCUGACGUCCCCACACUGUCCCAAGAACAAAUACUGCAUUUCAGAUCAACAUGAACAUGGUUUAGUCGUAAUCUCUCCUCACUAUGACUUAUUAAUAGUAGGAAUUAUUUUUAAAAAGCAUUUGUAAAAAGCCAAUAGAUUUUAAAACGUACUGUUGCAGACGGGUUAUUACAAUGUAAUAUCAUGGUACAAUUUUACAACAUAUCGUCACUGUCAUAACCAAACCAACUCUGACUUUUCACAAAAAAGAAAAAGUGCGAGUAAAAUGAUGCAAAGUAAAAUAAAUUUUGGCCAUUUCUGUUGGUCCAUUCAUCAUGAAAUAUUCAGACAAUACUACAUAAAGGGGCAGCAGAUAUUGUCAAAUGGUGUAAAAAUAUUUUAGAGGGUUUUGAUAUGCAAAAUGCGACAGCGACAUGUUUAUCAAAGUUACAUAGUUUGCAUAGAUGACAUUUUUAAAAUUGAUAUAUAUUUAAUUUAGGAAUACAUAAUAUUAAGUGAUCAUAUAACCAAUAGUUUUCAACUCUGAAUGCAGUAAAAAACUGAUAUUAUGUACAUUCGGAUGAUAAUAACAUACCGUGCUGUGCAAAAGUCAUCCAUUUGUUUACCUUCCUGUUAAAACAGCCGUUGAGUUGUUCGUUUUUCACUGUGAGGAAAGAAAGGAAACAUUUACAGGAAAUUACAUAAAAGCCUCAACAGCUACAUGUAAUUUGAGUUUUUUCGGUAUUUACUUUGUCCAAUCUUUGCUUGGAUAACUUUUUUGGGAGGUGCAGCCGUAACUGGAUGGUUUUAAGAUUGGAAGGAUGGAAGAGAUAAAAUGGCAUUAGGUGCAGAAAAGUAAAGAGUGGACAAAUCAGUGCUGAGAGAUUUGAUAUUAAUCUUAACAUUGAAGGUUUUUCUUUAAUGGCUGGAAUUUGUAUAAACGGAAGGCUGGUCUAUGACUUUUGCACAGUACUGUACAUUUUCCUGAAUUUGAAUAUUUAUCUUCGCUAAUGUGCUUAUUAAAUUGCCACUCUAAUUUUAAUAUUAGAGAGAAGACCUACAAGGUCUAUAGGAAAAUGACAUGCAGUCCUGUAUGAUAUGAAAUGAUUGGUUCCAAAGCACGUUAUAGACCACUUUAAUAAAUUUUAUCUUUUUCAUGACAUACAAUGUUGGCAGUUGGCUUUACAAGAAACAUCAGUACUAUAUUAUGAUUAGUGCCACUUUUAUUAGAGAAAUAAAUAUGUUUUACAUUAUACGGCAGCUUUUCCAAUACUCAUCAUAUGGAUGUACAGCAUUUAAGAACGAAACUCCUCAUAUGCUGACCAAAUAAGAGGGAAAAAAAUCAUAUAUUCAUAUCAAAGAUAUGUUUCGUAGCAUAUUUCUGGAUCAGUGUGACUAUGUAUGCCACAGCUUUGUUAAUAUUCUGUAGAUACAGUGUGAUCGUUCAUGAGAGAAUUCAAUUAAAAUUUGUGAUUUGUGUACAAAUCGUAACCUUUCUCAAGCGACUUUAUAUUCCAUAAUACCAUACAGACACCCAGAAGGCUAAGCUGUCUAGUUCAUAAUGUCCAUGGCAUAAAAACUAUAUCUUUUAGACUCAAACAUGAUGCUUUACAGAACAAACAUUUAUGGCACUUGAGUUAUCAUUUAGCUGUUGGUGUUAUUUAUUUGACAUUUUAAAUCAAGACUUUGCAUCUGCAUUUGCACCUAAGCAACAUUUCAGAAAUGUUUUGCGUAUGUCGUAUGUUUAGGAUGGCCUUGACUUCACUUUAGACUCUCUUCCAGUCUGUUCCGUUGCUAAUUCUCACUAAGAGCAGCUCUUUAGUCAGCAGUUGAAUGACAUUUACCUUCGGAAACACCACCGUCACCUGUGUAGCAGGUUGUUUGUUGUUCUUUUCCUGUUCCACUUUAAUAAGUGAGGCGGAGGCGCGAAAAAAGGGUUUCCAUUUAAAGUGGCCUCAGCUGGAGACGUUCUGUUUGCUCUGCAAAUCAAACAUGUAAAUAGCUCAUCAACACGAAAUCUCCACAUCGCGUCAGUCAAUUAAAGAUCUUCCAGAACCCGCGCUGAUGAAGAGACAGCAUGCACUGUGAUAUUCACAUGACUGGCAUGGAUUGUCCUUAAUUCCGUCUUUUUCAUGGCACAGGACGUAAAACACUCGCCGGAUGUGAAAUAAUUCAAAACCAAACAUGAAACGUAGCUUUGCCUGCAGCUUUUACUCCAUUCGUAUCUACGUUAUUUAAGGCUGUUACCUUAGCAGGUAAAUUAGGGUGGUUUGGAGGGCAGUUUCUAACAUCAUCAGAGGCAUUUUUUUCUACUUCCUUUUGAUAUGCAUAUUUCUUUCAUUGUUCCAUUCGAUCGAAAUGCCUUGUAACUAAAGAAAACACGUACGUAAAGCAAGGAGCAAUGAUCCGCAGUCUUGUUCAGUCUAGUUUCGUCUUCUUAUGUACAGUACAGAGUGGUGCUCCAUCAUUUGUGUCUUUUCGAUGUUGAGGAUUGUAUCGGCUCAAGGUGUUGCGUUUGACCUUGCUCGACCUAUUGCCUUGAAGCAUCGCGGAUUAACGUAAUCUCUUAUCCCCCCCGGCGUUUUAUUAUUCAGAAUCCAUUCUGCUGCUUCAUCACAUUUCACUUUGAGUCAUUCCAUCAUCAUUUGGAGUGUCGAGUGUUUUCAUUUCUUUUGAUUUCUGUAAAGCCGAGUGUACAGCUUAUUGACGCGAAAGGGGGUUUUGUAAAAGAAAGGCAUUUACUUUACUUACAUCCUACUUAAAGGGACUGUUUGACAUUUCUCUCCUCAGUUAAACUCAUGUUCACUGGAUUCCUCUCUCUGAGUGCAGCUGUCAAAGCCUCUGAGCUUACAGGAGGACUAGAGGAGCAGGCAGUGGUGCUUAAUUGAGAUAUUACCUUACUGACACUCAUAAAUCAGAGGAUCUACAGUAUGCACAGUACUGUUCCGUGGUUCGAGAAUCACUUGCCAUGCAACAUUAUAUACAUUCAAAAUUCACAAAAGGGUAUUUUUUAGAUAUUUUAUUCAAUAUUUCAAGAAUUAUUUGAACAGGUAGUUACUGAUUGACAUGUAAUAUACCAUAAUUGUCUAUUUACCUCUGCCUUUUUUCUUGAGGUCUGUUUCUAACAUUUGUGUGGUUUUAUGUACCAAAAACAGUGGUUUUAUGUCCUAAAUCCCAAAUUUUCUUUCUUUCUUUCUUUCUUUCUUUCUUUCUUUACCUUUUAGAAUGAAACAUGCUAAUUUUGUGACUGAGCCUCAUUCAAAAAGCAGUUCAGGCUGCAACACUCCUUAUAACUUAAGCUAUAAUGGGCGGGGCUAAACUGCUAUAGACUGAAUUGGCAGGUACAUGUAAAUGUGUGAGAUUUCAUGAAAAUCACAAAAAUCAAAUUCAAAAUGGGCUGUUUUUGCAGCUUGCAGCAGCUUGCUGCUGGUGUUGUAGCAAAAAUUUGGGCACUCCUGGCUCAAAUUAUAUACAUUUUGUUCAUUUUAAAAACUUUUUUAAAACUAUGUUAAUUUGUUAAAUUAACACAUUUUAAAAAUAAACAGAAAUUGUGCAGUAAAUUUACAGAAAAAUGCAAUUUUGUAGUGUUCUCUGUAAAGGAUGAUGUAACUUAUUUCCACUUAGAAAAUCAACAGAACAUAAUAUGACCAGGGUGUUCAAGCUUCUGCACAAACCUGUGUACAUGGACUGUAAGGUCUGGGUAGUGAUUGGCACUUUUUAAAAACUUUUAAUACUGUUUGUUUACUUCAUAAAACUCUUUCAUUUAAUACGCUGGUUUUCCAUAAAAUGGGCCCUUAAUCAUUUUAUUAGAACAUUUUUCUAGAGUUUUCUCUUUCGUUUUAGAACCAUCUACAGCUCUGUUCAUCAUGGUUAUGUUUAUAUAAAACCAGAUUGGUUUUGUAUUGCUGAAAAGAGUGAUUCCAAACUUCUGAACAGUACCGUAUUCACUGUCAGCAGAACACAAAUGUUUCUAAAUAUUUCGUAACUGCUGUAGAAAAAAAACAUCAUUGUUUAAUUUCAUUUCUCUAACCACAUAUAAACGGAGCUCCCCCACUUCUUUUCAGAGGGCCUGUUUCUGCACAUUUUCAUUAUGCUAAGUGCUGUUGACACUGCGCUGAGAAGGAGACGUUACUACUUACGAAUAUGUGUUAAACUGAAAUGGGUGAAAAAAAUGUUGAACUGUUCCUUUAACGUGGAUCAUUAAAGGCCAUGAAACAAACCAAAAGGCAAAAAUCUCAAAGUACGAUAGAUGUGUUAUGUAAAAGAACGUGAAUAUAAUAAUUCCAGCUGUGGAGAAUAUCUCGAAUCAAAACUGGAGCGAUUUUCCAAAGAGUUAGCCUUAUAGGAAAUGAGAUCAAUGUGGAUGUUUAUCAGCUUGGUUUUAGAAACGGGACCACCGUAAUCUCUGUACAUCUGUAAUCUCUAGACAGAUGUUAGUUCUAUUUCAAGUGAGGCGUAUUUUAGUUGAGGUUUUAUAAUGAAGGUGAAAUGUCUGACCACUUGUCAACACUUUUAAACUCACCGGACAUUUCAAGCAGGUCAGCUCUUAAUCCGAAAGCUACAAAAAUCGGGUCCAUGAAGCUCGAGAAGUGCUUCAGUGCUACCUAUUGCCUAAAGGACAUUAAUUGAAGGUGAAGAAAGCGAAGGGUUUCUACUCCAAGUAAAUCGCCUUUAUCUCAUUGGGGUAUAGACCAUUUCAAAUGGACAUUUGUUGUACUCAGUAACUGCAAUGACAGAAGAUUUCAGUGUUCUGGCAUGCUGUAGACUUUAGUUUGUUUGUUUUUUUUUUUUCUUUGUACAGAGCAGGACGCCUGCAGUGCUAUGAAUUUAUACAUGUAUAGUUGUAAGAAUUCAUUUUAAAAUGCGUUAUGUAUCAAAGAAUCUUCCUGCCUGGUUAGCUUUGUAUUUCAAAUGUGUUGCACAAGUUCAGCGAUUUUUUUAUCAUUCUUUUUUGCCUAUUGUAUGUUUAUUUUAUAAUAAAACUGUCAAAUGUAAUGAACAAAAAACUGAGAUGUAGUUAUGCUGUUUUUAAAUGUUUAAUGUCUGUAUAAAAAUGCUGAAUAAAACUGGUAUGAGCCAAACGGA